CUGGUUGUUUUUCCAUUUUGUAUUGUUUGUUAGCCUAGUUUGUCAUUUUGUCCCUCAUGUUUGUAAUGUUUAUAUGUCUACAAAAAUAACCUGCUUGACAUUGUGGCGAUCUCCUCUAUAUAGAGACGAAGCCUCCAAAGUCAACCUAGUUGUUUUUUCAUUUUGUAUUUUUUGUGGGUAUAGUUUGUAUUGUUUGUAUAGUUCAUAUGUUUUGUAUUGUUUGUGAAUCUGUUUGUAUGAUUUGCCAUUCUAAUUUGUAUGUAUUGUUUGUAUGGUUUGUAAGCCCGGUUUGUAUAGUUCGUAAUUUUUCAUAAUACCCAAAUUACUCCUAUCUUUAAUUAAAAACCUCUUCCCAAUUUUUAACCGUUAUAUUGAUGUGUAUAAAUCUAAGAGUUAGGAUGGGUGUAGUCAAUCGAUAACGACGGAUCUGGUGAAGGAGAAGUGCGAUUGAAGUGGGCUCAGAGUUGGUGAGAGAGCGAGUCUAGUCGCCUGAAAAUUGAAAUGAGGCCAGGCAUCUGAGGUCCACGAGCUCCUUUUUUUUUUUACAAUCAAAUCUGAACUUUUAUUUUAUGAAUGGAUCAUUGAGUCUUUGUUCAAAGCAUGGUCCAUGAAAUCGUAUCGUAUCCACGGUUCAACCGCAAAAUACCAAUAUUGGAGGCUAAAUCGGUAAGCGGUAUUUAACGGUGCUAACGAUUGAACUACGGUUAAAUCAUGAUUUCGUCAUAAAAUAAUCUACCGCUGACUUUUUCCGUAUGGUGUCAUGUACGGUUUCAUGGAUCAUAGUUCAAAGGAUACAAAAUGAAAAAUAGAGACCUUAAAGCCCAACACUCUUCUGUGUUUCAAUUACAUAUUGUGUGGGCCAUGCAGCCUGGUUUCACUCCCGUCUGCCGUCUGAAAAAAACCAUUGUACUGGCCCAAUUCUCCGGGCUUAACUCUAUUUUCUUCCGCAGCGGCCCAGCCUCCUUUGUUUUAGUCCAAUUCAAUUCUGCGUUCCCUAAAAAAAAAAAAAAACAUUUCAAUUCUGCGUUUUUUCACUUUUUCUUUUUCUUUUCCCCAACUAAUUUCAGACUACUUCCCGGCGAAGUAGUGUGGUCCUCGCAAUAAAAGACGCUGACGCACAGCUGAUCGCCAAAAGCCCGAAGAAAUCAUCGACGUCGCAGUUCAUUUCUUCUCUCUCCGGUUCCACUUCUGAUUCAUUAAGCGAUCGCAAGCGCUCCAGUCUCUCCCGACCAACGAUUUUCCUGUUUUAGGAAGUGGAAUGAAUCGUACUUUCACAUCAGCAACGGAGGACACCGCAGAGUCGGCUGUGGCCGUGGACGUGGUGGGAUACAGAUUUCAUCCUCGCGAUGAUGAACUCGUGAAUCACUAUUUACGUCGCAAGUUACUCAACCUGAGUACUGGUCGUGUUUCCAUAUCUGAGAUCAAAGUCUAUUCUUUUGAUCCUUGGGAUUUACUCGGUUUGGUGGACAAUAAGCUUGACGAGUGGAUUUUUUAUUGUUAUUGUCCGCGUGAUUACAAAUAUGUCAACAGCAAAAGAUCCAAUAGAACCACAAAAAGUGGUCAUUGGAAACCUACAGGCAAGAUCCGUGAUGUAAAGAUUAAGAGAACCAAGAAAAAGAUUGGUAUUAAGAAGACUUUGGUUUUCUAUAAAAAGGGGAAAGGUUAUCCGAGAGGAAUCAUCACAGAGUAUGUAAUGCACGAAUACGAGUACAUAGCGGAUCCAAACUCACCACAUAAGGAAAAUUUCACCCUUUGCAAAUUGAAGAGGAAGAGAGAUAAAAGAAUCAAUAAAGAUAAUGACAAACUAGACAUUGUCACUAUGGAUUCUAGUCUUGAUCAAUGUCACCCUAUUUCUGAUGUUGAAAAAAUGAGCCCUAGUUACCGGGGGCCUAAUGCUUUUGACUGUGAAAAUCAAAGACCACCUUUAUUGGGAGGUAAUGGGUGUUCGAACCAACAACAGACUACUUGUGAUAGUAGUGAGGCAAGCCACCCGGUGGUUUCUGAUUUUGGAAAUCAAAUGUCACCUUUGGAAAAAGGUGAUGGUGAUGAUACUGUUGAGCAAGGUUCGUGCGAGUACAGUGAAGCCAAUUGUAUGCGGGCUUCUGAUUUCUUAAUCCCCAUCACACCUCUACAGACAAGUUAUCAAGUUGGUUGUGAACAUGGUGAGGCAAAUUGCCUAAUGGCUUCUGAUUCAGGCAGUCAUGUAUCACCACUUAAAGACGACGGAUGCUCGACUUUGCUGACACCAUCUAGUUUGGAAAGUCAUUCAGUUUUCGAGAAUGAUAAACUGGGUCAUUUGAUGGAUUCUGUUAGUGGAAUCAGCCCGUGGGAGACCCCGCAAGCAGAACAACCAACUCCUUUGGAAAGGGAACUUUACAGUUCAGGAGCACCAAGUCCUGAAGUAGAGAACCAGAAGCUUUCUGAGAACCCCUUCCUUACUGCAACUGAGUGGGGUGACUGCUUCCAUUCUGCAUUUCCAGAGAUAAACCCAGAAUUGGUUGAUCUAAUGUUGACCUACCCGCCAGAAAGCAUAUUCUGACUCGUCCCUUCUGCCAGCCAGUCUGGAACUUGGAGAGUGAUAUCUCUAUGAUGGCCGACAUCUAUAUAUAUGUUGAGUAUUGUUCAAAACAAAGUAUAUUCUACUACCUAUUUCAGGAAUCUUGAUAUGUGCUGAUUUCACAUAAUGUGAACUGGGCUGUUCAUUUAGGCACUUUGUAUAUUCAUAUUUCUAUUUGGUUAAAUGUACUGAUGAUAAAUGUGUAAGUAAGCUAUGUAAUGUACAGCUUUGCUUGUUUGUUACUGAGAAGUUUCCAGGAGCACAUAUUCUUAUGAAUCACACUGGUUUGAAUCAAUGUGAUUCAACAACGUGCGAGAGGAGGGAGGCAUUCAUGUUCUUCUUAAAUUCCAGUUUAUCAGAGUGAAAAAUUACAGCUUGGCUUAGUACUUUGGUCAAAACCUAGAGAGUGCUGGCUUCCAUUUCAGAUACAAAUUGCUUAUUGAUGAACAUAUUUUGGUUGUUUUAUGGUUAUACAUCUAUUUAGUAGUUACCCUCCCCACAAUGCCUGCUGCCUGCCUUGCCUAGUCUUCUUCUAAUGUGCUGCUAUUGAGGCAGAAAAGUACAGACGAUGAUUAUGGAAGAGGAGCUUAUUUUGAUAGGGAGAAUGGACGGCCCCUGGAAUCAUGAAGUGUAUCACGAACUAAUCGGUUUUGCUUAGUGGUUAAUCGAAACCAAACCGAUUAGCACUCGUAUGCACAAUAUGCGGUCGUGAUGAGAUAGUAGUACUAGUGAAAUUGUAAACCGCAUAGUGAUAAUAGUUGAUUUAGUCGGGUUAAUAUCCUAAUAUGAUCUCAACUUUAAAUAAAUGGACAAUUUUGGCUCCAACUUUUAAUGAUGACGAAAAGUAUCCCAAUUUUAUAAUAACGAACAACUUUGGUCUAGUAUUUAAGAUUUUAAAUUCAUGGUUAGUAGUAACGACCAAUUCAUGUAAUCAUUAGUUAUUCAAGGUAUUAUUUUUAAUAAAUAUUCGACCUUUUAUUUCAUCAAAGUACGGUGAAAACAUACAUACAACCUCUUAUGAACACGAGGAGCAGACUUUCUUAGUACAAACUUACUACUGAUAUGCUAACAAUCUACACUUUAUCAUAUGCAAAUCAAAUUUUAAUUUAAGUCCUCGGUGGAAAAGGGGAAACUGCGGGGACGAAUCAACAACUCCAAUUUCCAUUAGAGUUUGGUUUACGUGGCGUGGACGUUUCCAUUAGUUUAGGCCUAUCAAGUAAAGUGUCUGACCUAAUCAUUUUCCAGGACACUCACUCCCAAGAGGUACUUAGUUAAGUAGAGAUUACGUGGAAGUUAGGCAAAAUUCCCUCCCAAAACAACCGGCCGAAUCGCAUCGAUCAACGUUAAACUCCAUGUCUUACCAUACACACUGAACUGAGGCACAAUUAGCAUAUAUGAAGUUGCCUCGAUGUUGUCAAGAUGUACAAAAUGGAAGUACGCACUUGCUCGAUUUAUGCGUGUCAUCCCUUGUACAGAAGUUAAACUGUACAAACUUGCUCGACCGAGAGGCCAUUUUUUUGUAAAUCGGGUAUGGUCGGAGUUCUUGGGACGGGGCACAUCCAACGAUGUGCAUCUCCCGCUGAGAUCACAAGGACAUGUUGAUCCAAUGUGUCCACCCUACACCCAUUUUGCAUAGUAGCUGAUUUGGGCUCAUUGUGCCCAGCUAACUGCACAACUAGCAGAAGGAACCCAGAUUCUCUCCAUUUCCCCAUGAAGAGACAUCCCACGAGACACACAGUAGAAUAUGGCAGAAAGAAACAGCAAAGAGAAAGAGAAGCAAGUAAAACCAGUGGUGAAAAAAAGACCAAGUUACUUGGGAAGUUGGAAAAACUAAUAAAAAUGCAUAACCGGG